AUGGCGGUACCGCUGCUGGUGCGGCUCUGGCCCGCGCCCGACGGCGGAGAGAAGGCGAUGCUGAAGCUGCAGAGCUACUUCCAGUCCCCCAAGCGCUCGGGGGGCGGCGAGUGCGAGGUGCGGGCCGGCCCCGAACCCGGCACCUACCGGGUGUACUUCCAGCACGAGCGAGAUAAGAAGAGAGUGGAGUCCCGCGCGGAUCACGUCUUGGAGCUGGGGGGCAAAGUGCUGAAGGUCAUCCUGCAGCCCUUGGAAGGGGCUCGGAGCAAGAGCCCCGCCGUGGUGCAGGCAGACCGCGGCCAAGCCCAGCACCUCUCCCCGCCGGGAUCUGCGGAGCUGCGGGCGGCUCAGGGACACCGGGAUGGAGCAGCAGAAAUGCUGACCAAAAAGAUUUUUCUUACAGUGUCCGCAGUGUUGAAUACCAGUAUGUUCACUGAACAGCAAAGGGAGAGAAUUGCUAUUAUUUGUCCAAACUUAAGAAGAGAAGGAAAUCCUGACGUUGAUGGCUCUGAGAAACUGACAGGAGAUUAUACAGAUAUCGAAAAAGCUUAUUGUUACUUUAAAGACGUCCUUGCAGGCAACGACCAACGCUAUGAUUUCCUGCAUUCUGAAAGUAAGAAAGGUUUGGAAGAUGAGAAUGGUCUGAAUACCAAAGAAAUGAAUACGCUUACAGUUCCAUCAGCUAUCUAUGAAUAUUUCUGUCAUACAUGCAAAGAACAGAUUAAAGAAAUGCAUAAACGUUUUGGAGUGUGGGUAAAAAGUAAGGAUUGUUACAAUGGGAACACAUCAAUAUCCUUCCUUUCUGAUACAAGUCCCACGUCAAUACGAAGAGCUAUUGAUUUUUUUACCAGUGCUUUUCAGAAGGUUGCCAAAGAUGUGGCACAGGAAGACAUUCCCAUAGCAAACAUUCACCAGUUAGAUGAGACAAUAAUGAAAUUAAAUGCUAAAUUUACUAAUCUUCUCAUCAAACAGAAAGAUAAUCAGUUGCUCCUCUGUGGUCCAAGAAAUGAGAUUUUAGCUGCCAAAAUAUUUCUAGCAGAGGAAAAGGAGAACAGCCAAGAUGAAAAGGAUACCAAAAUACCUGAACUGACCGCCAACAGGAAUAGAAUUGAAGUUGAUGCUUCUGUGUUUAAGCUGUUGGCACCUGUGUUGAGAAAAGAAAUUGAAGACAUUGAAGAAAGCUUUGAUGUUGUAAUAGAAAAGACAGACAGCUCAGGUGGCCAGAAGGUGCUCUUAGUAUUUAAACCUAGGAACAAAACUUCUGAUAUGCUUUUACAUUCUAUUGAAAGUUUCAUCAAUGGAUUUCAGAAUGCCUUUGCAAUGCUAAGAGAAAAACUCAUCAGCUGGAAGCUUUCAGAACAGCAGAAAAGGAAAUUAAAUAUGCUUCUGGAUGAAAAGAAGUUGGAAAGCCUGUAUGUAAAGCUAAAGAAGAAGGAAGACAGAUUAAUUUUAUAUGGUUUACCAAACCAUGUUCAUGCUGCUGAAAAGCACAUUAUGUACCUUCUCAAUGCUGAAGAGCCUUCAGAAACUAAAAAAAGGACACCACUGCCCUCUGAUCUCAACAACCAAGAAGCUUCAGGAGUGUGGGAGAAAUACGGUGCCAGGGAAAAGAGUAGUUAUUCUUCCAUGGAACAGGCUAAGGCAAAGACAGAAGACACCGAUGAUACGUGCCCUAUUUGCAUGGAGAAAAUUAAUGAUAAAGAGAUCCUGACAAAAUGCAAACAUGCGUUUUGCAAAAGUUGCAUCAAAAUGGCUUUGGAAUACAAGCAAACUUGUCCUGUUUGUAAUACUGUCUAUGGAGUCAUGCAAGGAGAUCAACCAGAGGGAAGAAUGCAGUAUAAAAGGAUUUCUACACCUCUCCCUGGCUAUCCUGGUUGUGGUACUAUCGAGAUUGAAUAUGUUAUGCAGAGCGGUAUUCAAAAUUGGGGAAUUCACGUACUACUGGUGCAGAAGAUGUUAUCACAUGGAAUGAUAUUCACCACAAAACCUCCAUGUAUGGUGGACCUGUGAAUUUUGGUUACCCUGACCCUGAUUAUCUGAAGAGGGUUCGAUCAGAACUGAAAGCAAGAGGAAUUGAGUAAGGAAGUGUACCAGCUGUCAACUCUGAAGUGUGAUAACUCAACAUGCAGCAGUUCUUUUACUGUUCUGGCACUACAAAGAGAGAAGUCGGUCUGUUCAACUGCUAUACUUCAGUUACUUGUAUUUCCCUGUGAGCUAAGAAAAGUUAUCUUUUCUGGUCAAACUAUGUUUGUUCCCUUUGUACGACUUGCUUCUGUGAACAACGCUUCCCUAUAUGUACUUCCUCCCUUACAGAAUUCGGGACCUGUGAGUCCAGCAUCUGUACUUGCACUCAUCAGACAGCAGGUUGUGUGUCGUCUGCUCAUUUUACCAGUGAAUCUGAUCUGCAGUUUUUCCCACAAGCCUUCAGCCUACGUGCUGGAGGAAUUUUGUGUGUGAUGCAGUAUCAGCUGUACAUGGCCAUCAUCUUUCGCUGCUUUUUCUUUCCAGGGUAGAAAUGGCACUAGUGGUGUGGCACUGAGAAUGGUGUGUGAUAGACUUUUUGUUUGCUGCUGUGUUGUUAACUGUCCAAAAAAUGCUGAAUGCUCGGAGAGCCUCCUUGCAACAAAAGGAAAGUGACAGUGCUUAUGGCCAGCUCUGGUAAUGAGCUUCUGACUCUGUGCCUCUUAUUGUAUUUAGGCUUAAACAUCGCUUUUUAAGUCAGCUUUGCAUGUAACAACACUAUUCUUCCCAUUGCUUCCAACAAAUGGUUUAAAUUCUGUAAUAAAAAUAUAAUGCCAUUGUUGUUGCUGUUUGAGUAGGCUGCCAGUUGCCUUUGUGCUGGUGGAAGACAGGUUUUACCUGAGUAGCCGUAGUUUUUAAUUAAUCUAACUAUUUGUCUAGGCCAUUGUGUGUAAUAAAUAAAAUUACCACCUGC